GAUAACCGCUUUCCAGGGAAAGGGCGCAAAAAAGCCAGCGCUGAACCCGCACCCACCGCAGAAGAGAAGCAGAGCCCAGGUCUGCCCAGCGGGGCUCUGUCCGCAGCGCUUAGGUUGGGGGAGCACCCCGCGGAGAAGCGGAAUCAGGGCUCCCAUCGCUGCUCGUGGCUGCAGAGCCAAGCCCCGGCGCGCCGGCUGGGAGUUCAAAAGACUGCAAAUCUCUUCUUUAAAACCACUGUGAUCUUGCGUGGCUGUUACACACCUCCUUGUGCGAAUAGCUCCGCUGAGAGUAAGAGGUUGGCUGUAGUGGAAAAGGUCAGCGCUGGGCCCUGGGAAAGCCUCAAAGAGUCCGGCUUUUCUGUAGCCAGAAUAAGAGGGAGUAACCUGCCCUUUCUCUCCUUGUGUCCCACAGGGAAGCCUGUCAGCCUGACUUACCGAUGUCCCUGUCGAUUCUACGAGAGCAACGUGGCAAGAGCCAACAUUAAGCACCUCAAAAUCCUCUCCACACCCAACUGCUCACUUCAGAUUGUUGCAAGGCUCAAGAACAACAGCAAGCAAGUAUGCAUUGAUCCCAAGUUAAAGUGGAUCCAGGAAUAUCUGGAGAAAGCUUUAAACAAACCACGUCAUCGCACGCAUAAAAAAAAGCAACAGAAGAAACGGGGCCUACGCUGCCCUUCCCGUGCAACACCACUAAAGUCUCCAGGGAGAAAGAAUGGAGGUUCAAGAUGUAAGAGGCAAGCAUUGUAAGCCGUCUGCAGGAUUUCUUACUGUAGGACCCAGACAGCAGAUAACCAGUAUUAGGGAAUGAAAACAUUUCACUGUUAUCAUGCUACACAAAAGCAACGCUUCAUGCAUUUACAUUUUUCCCCCACCAAAUUGGCUUGCUUUCACAGUGCUAUUUUCAUAUAGUAAGAUGUAUUUGUUUUGAGAAAAAUGUCUUUAUAUACAGGUUGGUUUAUUACCUAGCACUGAAGGCAGAUAUGAAUUUAAACUAAUCCUAUGUUAUUAUAUAACAUUUUAUUUCAUUUUCUAUGUAGAGGUUCUGCUUUAUUUAACUUUCUUUUGGUUCAUGCAAGUCUCCUGGAGAUUUAAACCUAGAAGGACAUGAACUGUACAGUGCAAUGAUGUUGUGUAAGUAGUGGUGGAGCUCCCUGACCCCUAAAGUCAGGCCAAGAACAUAGGAAGGCUCUAAAAAGCAUCAGACAUUGGUAAGAGUGGACAGCAUUAUCAGGGGCACCAAUUACAGGUAUUUUGACUAAGGGAUUAAACUCGGAGCUAGAGGACU